GUGUGCUCGUCUCCCCUGCUACCCCGCAAGCUCCCAAAGGAAAAGGGUCGUGUCUUUCUCAUCUCGGUGUCUCCCAGCCUAUUACGGGGAAGGUGCCGCACAAACUUCCGGUAAUCACAGCAGGAGCAGGGUGCGGGUAGGACGAGGGAAGAAAACAGCAGCUACGCAGGUGGGAGGCAGCGGCUGAAAGAACACGCGGCACGCCCAUGAAGGUAGUUGAAGUCCCCUAGCAAUGGAUAAAUUCGUCAUUCGAACGCCUAGAAGCCAGAAUAGUCCUCAGAAGAAAGAUCGUGGAGGAAAGAUUUACAAGCAGGCCACGAUUGAAUCUCUGAAGAGAGUUGUGGUUAUAGAAGACAUAAAAAGAUGGAAAACUAUGUUGGAGCUUCCUGAUCAAACCAAAGAGAAUUUAGUGGAAGCCUUACGAGAAUUAAAGAAGAAAAUCCCCUCCAGGGAAGUGUUAAAAUCAACAAGGAUAGGUCACACCGUGAACAAGAUGCGACAACACUCAGAUUCGGAAGUGGCUUGUCUUGCCAAGGAAGUUUACACUGAGUGGAGAACUUUCAUUGAAAAGCAUUUGGAUAGGCCUUCUAUUGAAGUCCGAAGUGAUACCAAAACUGAGACAUUCAGGAAAAACGCCCAGAAAUUACUCUCAGAAGCCUUGGAAUUAGAGAUGGAUCACCUACUGGUUGAAAAUAUUGAGCAGGAAACAUUUCAUCUCUGCUCCCGCCUCAUUAAUGGGCCUUACCGGCGGACGGUGAGAGCCCUGGUCUUCACAUUAAAGCACCGAGCCGACAUCCGGGCUCAGGUGAAGAACGGCUCGCUGCCGGUCGGCACGUUUGUACAGACCCACAAAAAGUGACCUGAGGAUGGUUCCAGCCCUGGGCUGGGCAGAAAGGAAAACGCACCUCUCUCUGCCAUUCAAAGGCUCUUUUGAGUUUGGGUGACGGCUGCUGCUGGCUGUGCUGAAUUUUCCCAUCGUGCCAUUCCUUCAGACAGGGGACGCAGAGAGCCCUGGGAGACAGGCCUGCGGGAAACGCUUCAUUAGCUGAAGUGUGCUGGUGCCGCCCAACAGGACGUGCCCUGGCUGUCACUAGGAAGCGCGGUACGGUUACCAUCACCCAACACAGUGAAGGGGUGACGGAUUUCUCUGGGAGUGUGCCAAGGACACCUCUAAACUUGCCCAUGUCAGACAGAUGAAGUUACUACUUUAUUUCGCCACCCUGCAGGUAACUGAAACUCAAUUACCGCUGCCAUCACUCGGUCCUGUCCCCCUGAGUUUAGAUAGCUCCCGUGCCUCUCAGAACUCCCCUGUCUGUUCUCUUUGCUCUGCCCCAGGGGUGAGCCUGCUGGAGCCAGACAACUACCCCUUCUUCCCAGAACUCACUUAUCUGAACGUUUCAGCUCUCCCUGGCAGGCCUUCUGCAUCGGUCUCCGGAGCCCCCAUGCUGAGGCUUCUAAUGAGGAACUGGCCUGAAGCAUCGCACGCCUUGGGGUUUAUUUGAAUACAUUGGCUCUCUCGGCUUAGGGCUCUGUAGAAGAUGCUAAUGAAAUUUCUCUCUAAUUACUGUAGUAGAAAAAUUACAUAUACAUUUAAAAAUGAAAUACUUCUAUAUAGACCUGCUUGUACAAUUAUGUAGAUGAUAUUUGCUUUUUUAAAGUAAUAAUAAACUGGGACUUUUUUACCCUAAAAC